CGAGGCGUGAACGGAUCGGUCGCGUUUCGCGCUCGAUUGAUCGACUUGUGUCAGGAAAGCGCGACAUCGCGAAUCGUAUUCGCUCGCGUAUAUUUUUCCCCCUCGCUAUCUCGCGCGCGCGGUAUCCGCGAUACACGCUCCCCGCGAACGCGACACUCGGCGUACGCCGUACAAAUUCGAGGCCGGUGCUCGCCGGUGUACAAACGUUCGGUGUUCGCGACCUGUAAUCGCUUUCUACGUCGCGAAUCCCGCCGAAUGCUCCGUUCCUCGAUUACGCGCGACGCCGUCAUCGCGCCGCGUCCGCAUUGUGUACAUUUACGACGAUGUGUGCGCCCACAUAUCUCCCUCUCUGUCAAUCGUACCGAUUGUACACGGUCGUCUGUCUCUCUCUCUCUCUCUCUUUACCUUUCCUCUCCUGUCUCACCCGCCGCGAGCGCAUCGUCUUUGCGUCAGGUGUGCUGCUUGUAUAAUCCUUGCGUGAGUGCGUGCGUAUUUAUAUAUGCAUAUGUGUGUUGCGUGUAUGUGUUUGUGCGUGGCUGUGUAUGGGAAUUUGUUUUGGGAAUGCAUCGCUUUGUACGCGUCUCCGUCCUCGCCUUCCUCGUUUCUUUUUUUCCCCCGUUUCUCCUGUCAUCGUGUGUCGCGCGGUCAUCUGUCCGCCGCGUGUGCGUGUACGUAUGCGUGCGUGUUUGAGCAUCAAGAGUCCUCGCCGAUGAUCGUCGCCCGGCAUCGACCUACGUCAACGUGUGACAGCGGUGCGACGUCUUGGGACGCAAGACCACGUCGGGACACCACGUCGAAAAUAUCCGCGAGCAUCGUGACACCUGGGCCUGGCGAUGUUCGGAGGAUGUCAUGGUGUCGACCGCGGUACGAGAUAUCAAGAAAGGUAUCAAAAUGGGUUGUUUUGGGAGCAAAGACAAGUUGAGCAAGGAAGAUAUGGACUUCCUCAAGUCGCACACGCGAUACGAUGAAGCCACUAUAAAGGAAUGGUACAAAGGUUUCAAACAAGACUGUCCUAACGGCAGGUUAACGCCGGCGAAAUUCGUCGACAUGUACAAAAUGUUCUUCCCGUCCGGCAACGCGGAGGAAUUCUGCGAUCAUGUUUUCCGCACAUUCGACAUGGAUAAGAAUGGCUACAUCGAUUUUAAGGAAUUCCUAUUGGCGAUCGACGUAACGUCCAGCGGCACACCGGAAGAAAAGCUGAAAUGGGCGUUCCGUAUGUACGACGUUGACGGGAACGGCGUUAUCGAUAUGCAAGAAAUGACGAAGAUCGUCCAGGCGAUAUACGACAUGCUCGGCGCGUGUUCGAGCAAUCGACCGGCUGACAGCGCGGAGGAGAGAGCGAAGAACAUAUUCGCAAAGAUGGACGAGAACAACGACGGACAGCUGACGCAAGACGAGUUCCUGAAGGGCUGCCUCCAGGACGAGGAGCUGUCGAAGAUGCUCGCCCCUUAAUCCCGACGCCACCGUCUUUCCGCGGCCGCCGACGCGCGAUCGUAAAAACGGAGACACCACACCACGCCCUCACGAUUUUCCCGAAAAAAAAAAAACUCGACGAACGUCAACAAGAACGACCACCACCGAGAAAUCGACACUCGCAUAUAUAUACACACACGCCAUCGUCACCCACGUCAAACACGUAUUGAACACGUACCGAACGAUAUCAUUUCCUAUUAACUAUGACGUACGCUAAUUAUUAUGGCGGUUCGAUAAUACGAGUCCCGUCGCUCGUGUCCGAUGGAAGGACACGAGCCGUGAUAAAAUAAAUAAUGCUGGGGGAGAAAAAAAAAUGAUCGAGGAUAAUAAUCGCGAAGGAGAUCUUUUCGGAAGAGAAUGGGAAAUUUGGCGCAGUGCAAAUGGCGCAGAACCUUCGUUCGGACGACAGUAAUACAAUGGUGGUGUAAUCGGUCCUGGGGAAAGGUAGCGCGGAUACACGAAGAACCAGAGAACGACGUCGCUGGAUCCCGACGACGGGGGAUCUAAUUAGCAUCUCGUGAAAGUCCUCGUGUUCAUUUUGCGAACUCACAUCGUCGACAACUAUAUAUACGGCGAAUCCCGGACUCGCACGCUGAUUCGUCGUGCGGAUUCAGCAAUUUCCUCGGACGCCGCUGGUGGAAUUAACAGGAGGGUGUGAAACCUUCAGUUCUCUCUCUCUCCUGAGAGAGAGAGAGAGAAGGAGCAAAGUGACAAUGUUGGUCGUCACGGAGAACCGCCGCGCCGGUGGCUUUCGAAGCUCGCGCUUGCACUGACAAUUUGACUUAACCGAUCCUGGACUUACGGGUUUCGCUGUCUCUUUCUCCGGCGAAUUAUGCUUCUGUCUAAUAAUGCAGACGGAGAGUAUAAAUUAAUCCUCUGAUGCGCUCUCCAGGUGACACAAGGACUUGUAUAUCAUAGUUCCAUAUAACUUCGCAUAAGCUUGGGAGGUAUUAAUAUCGCGAUUCUAAUUUUACUCCGGAUUUAUGUAUAGCGCCUAGAAAUUAAUCAGAUCUCGCGGUAAAUCUUACUAGACGCCUAUUGUUUUCGCGAGCGCUUUUGUCUCGUUAUAAUAGAGAAUUGGUGUAAUAAUUCGAGCGCAUCAUAAAUUAAUUCGCUUCAAAUUACCGCUCCAAAUUACUCGAUUGUUACAGAUGUUUGCAGAUAUUUACACAAGCACUUCAUUUCUAUAGUAUCUUUUAUAUUUAUAUUAUAUUUAAAAUGGAGCAAGUUUUAUGCGCGAACAUAAAAAGGUAUAGAUGGAGAUGUAUUUAAAUAAUCUUAAAAUCAACCCAUCAACGAUUUAAUCUGAUUUGAGCCUCGCAAAUCCCUUUCAUUUGAAUCAUUGUACCCGACACUUGUUUUUCUAAUCCCGUUUGUACAUACAUACAUGUAUUUGAGAAUAGCUCAAAGCCACACUGUGAUUUGAAUCUCGCGUAAGUUAUUUGUUUCAAACGGCUAUAGUUAAUCUUCAUUCCGUUGCGUUUCUAUUUCAUUCCACAUAAUGCCACUGCUUCACAAAGUCCCGUUUAUCAGCUCACGCUGCGAUAGUCGCAUCAAGAUUUAGCCGUAACGCGAUUCGAUUACGCGGAACUACUAAAUAAGACGAAGAAUGAAUAGCGCAUCGGAGGAUGAACCGGGAUUAAGUUCUGAAUUGAAGUCGGUGCAAACCGGGCUGAGAAAUCGUCCAUUGCGAUCUUAUCGUAUUGCGGAACGGAAUUUUGCGCGAAUCCGAGAGGAAGUGAUGAAAACUCCGGAAGUCCGUCGUCGCAGAAUCGACGAAGGAGUGCGUCGCGAAUCGCGUGCACGUCCCACUUAUUUCAGGCCUCCGCACGGAUCGAUCCUUGGUCGUAAAAAUCGACGUGUUGUUGGUACAUACACACACACACACACACCAUCGUCGUCCACCGUUCGCCGCGUCGAGGUGGUAAGACAACGAAUUGCGCGAAUUACGAGGUAAAAUGUCGAUGUUAGAUAGUGGGAAGAGGAAAGGGGAGCAAUAUCGCUUAAGAGAAGAUACAUUAAUUUUAUAUCCGGUGCAUCGAUCCACCAGAGAGAGAGAGAACCUACUUUGGUGGUUGUUGCGUCGUCGACCAGCACGCGCGUCAUCCUUCCCUGAAAUCGAUAUAUACGUACCCGGAUGUACGGUAGCUGUUACGUGCAACGGAUGUGGGGAAUAGUACUCCCGUAGUAGUAUACGGUUCAUGUGUACACCGCAUUUACCGCGAAAUCCGCUGGAUUUCCGCUGAACACGCGGCGCGGGAUUAAGUGAACGAACGCCGCGAGGACUUGAUGGGAGGGAAAUGGAGAAAGUUGUUAUAUAAGGCGAUAAAAGCGCGGGAGUCAAUUUCCGAAAUUCUCGUUACACUUACAAACUCCGCGGAUCUCUUCUCGCACAUUUUAGUCGUCGCGAAAUUCACCGGGGAUGCUUGUACACGUGUAACUAGAUCCUCCGACAUGUAGUAUCUUAAUCACCGUGAGAAAGUCGUAAUAGAGCGCGUGUAAUUUGGCAUUAUAAAAAUAAGAACAAGGCAUAAUCGUCUAAAUAUAAAUCUAGAUACAAAUACGGCUAAUCUAAUUUUGAUUAAUUAUUCUUUUCUUUUUUUUUUCUUUUUUUUUUUUUUUUUUUUUUAGAUAUUUAAGAACCGAAUUAGACCGCGGUCAAAGUUAACUGACAUUUAAGCUGAAAUCGAUAGAGAAGAAUCGAUUCUUUUAAUUACGGCCAACAUAUGAACCUUAAUUCUCAAGUAAUAAUGAUUGAUAUAUUUUAUUUGUGUGUAGUAUAUAAUAAAAAUGACCAUAUACUGUACGAAAAUAAUAUUUCGAUCAUUAUUAGAUAGGGGAUGUUGUGUAAUCUAAUAUGAAGGAACAUUAAGUCUACUUGUUAUCGUGCUAAUCGAUAUAAAGAGGAUUACUUUGAUAACUGUACAACAGUUGUUUUAUCCAAUCGACAGCGUGCUCGUCGACGCUCACAAACGUACCGACACCUUCCACCGAAUCGAAGGCUUCGAUUUCUUUUUUCCUUUCUCGUACAUGCAUACAUAUAUAUGUAUAUCUUUAUGUAGUAUAUAUGAAAUAAUAGUGCCCGCGAGAAACACAAUGUGCAACGGGGUUAAUGUGGUUCGCGUGUACAUAUUUUAAGGCAGAUGUGUGUUUCGGAUAUGUAGCGCAACCGUAACAUGACGUUUAUUGUAUGACGAUAUCACCGUUAUAUGAACCGUCAUAUGAAAAUGGACAGAUGGUUAUUUGGCUGUCGGGAAUCCUGUCUUGCAUCAAGGUGAGGUAAGUUUUUAUCAAAAGAAUAUUUUCAAAUUGAACGGAAUUUAUAUUCGGAUUAAUACGUUUAUUCGAAUAUUAUUUACGUAAAAUAUAGACAAAAAUUUUUUUCCCAGAAUUCAACUGUCAGAAAAGUUCUCUCUGCCAGAAUGUUUUUCUCUUCUUUAUUUUCUGAAAAUUUCUGAAGCUUCUUUCUUCGUAAUGCACAGAAUUACGACACGUAUGCAUACUUAGGCAUGAUUGUGGUUCUGAGCAAGAGGACGAUAGUUAAGCCC